AUGCCGCAGGUCGAGUCGGCCGCUGCCUCGGAGGGGCCGCCGCCGCCGCCGCAGGACGCAUGGGUAGUCGAGUUCCGCAGUCUCCUCCCGCGGUGGGAGUCGCUGCGCGAUUCCUCCAAGGUCAUUAUCCCGAUUUCGAUAUCUAGGGUGAACCAAUUUGAUGCUGCAAGGCUAGAUGUCGAGAUGUCUGCCAUGUUGAAAGAGCAGCUACUCAAGGUGUUCUCCUUGGUGAAGCCAGGACUCUUGUUCCAAUAUGAGCCUGAACUUGAUGCUUUCCUUGAGUUCCUCAUCUGGAGGUUCUCAAUUUGGGUUGACAAGCCAACCCCAGGCAAUGCACUCAUGAACCUGAGGUAUAGAGAUGAGCGGGCAGCACCCAUCACUGGAAAAGAAGCUGCUGCUGGUACUGAGGCAGCGGCUCCAGAAGUCAAUGAGGUUGACAACCACCUAAAGAGGAAAUCAUCUGAUAUAGGCUGGGAGUGGGGGCGUCUCUGUGAUCCCAAUGACAAGAACAGAGUCAAGUGUCUUUUUUGA